GCAAACAUGUCCGCGCUCAUUUGAAAACCUCCUGUAGUUUAGUAACACAGGUUGUCACCCCAACCACCGCCUUGCUUUUAUGUUAACACCGGUGGUCACGUUGUGCUUGUGCGAGCCUUCUAAAAAGGACAGACGAGGACUCCGCGACAAGAGCCAGCCCUUUCCUCUUAUUAGCAGAAAUAAUGCUGAAAUCUGGAACUCAUGUCGGAAGUCGUGUAUGAAGAUACAGCCACGAUGAUCGCCGCAGGGGAAUUGCAGUCGUUUGUCCCAUUUGGCCGCGAGCACUGCAGGAACCAUCCAAAUGCCUUCAACCUGCAGCUCAGAGAGCUCCAACCUGCCUCCGAGCUCUGGGCUUCAGAUGGGGCCGCUGGCCUGGUAGGGUCCCUGCGGGAAGUCAGUCUACAGGAGAGAGAGAGGGAAUGGUGGCAGCUAAGGAAGGGCUGUACAGCGGUCAAAGAGGGCGAUGUGGAGUUGGAAGAGGAGCUCUAUGCAGCAGGAAACGUGGUUGUUUGGAGCAAAGGGAGUCGCACACAAGGCUCCAGUGUCUACAAGGCCUUCACCGUCGACAGUGCAGUGCAGCAGGCUUUAUGGUGUGACUUCGCUGUUCCUAAAAACACUGAUGAGGAAGAAAUUGAGCACACAGUGUGCAUUGUUCAGAGUACUUGUGUCAAUGUUCAUACCGUGACGGGGAAGGAUUUCAUCUCACCAUUACCGUUUCAGGUCUCAAAUGUCUGGGCGACCAAGUUUGGUCUAUUGUUGGAACGAAAAAAUGCGAAUGACAUCUCCCCUGGGGAAGCUCUGCCUACAGUGUUCAGCAUGCUGCAUCCUUUAGACGAGAUUGCACCAGUUGUUUGCAAACCAUCAGGUGUGUUUGAAGGCUCCUGUGUCCAGUACGUGUCUGACUCCACUAUGAACAUAGUUUUCACCUGCUGCCAGCCCUCUAUAGUUGUAUCUUACGACACUAUACAGGGAAUACACUCUGUCUGGGCUUUGCGGAAAGUAACGAAUGAUGAGCGUUUCACAGUCCUAAGGUGUCCAACAGAAUCAGCUGGGACACCACUGAAUCUUAUUUCUUCGGGCAUUCUGACAUCUCAUUUGCGUCAUAUAUCCCGCCUUGAUUCCCCUGGUGGCAGUGGAGCAACUGGACACGGUCCUGGAAUUGGAGCAAGUUGCGCUGUUGGCUCUCCUUUGCACUACAGCGCUCUUCACAGCCACCAGAGCAGGAUCAUGACAUCCUCACCAGCGGCACACUCCCGAGUACAUUCUCCAAGCAUAUCCAACAUGGCUGCCCUAAGUCGUGCACACUCUCCGGGGAUGGCAGCUCCAUCCUUUUCUGGUGUGGCACGUUUCAACACAUCUUUCCACAGCCCAUCUCCCAGGGGCCACCGUGGCUUGCUAUCGUCGCCUAACAGCAGUGUCAACGAGACGAUUCUAGUGCCGGAGAUGGAGCCCAUCAUACCCGACCUCUGCAUGGAGAAGCUGUGGAGUGAGACGGUGACGGCUGGCCGUCACAGGGAGAUGAGCAGUCAGGCAUCUAAAGUAUUCUUGACCUCUGACCUCUGCGAGAACCGCUACCUCUGUUUCCUGGUGGAGUCGCAUCAACAGCUCAGAUGUGUAAAGUUAAUGGAGAGCUAUGAUAUGACUCAGCUUAUCUUCGCAACCGUCACAACCAUUUCUGCCAAAGAUGCACAGCCCCUACAGAAUAUAGAUGCUAUGUUGGUUCUGGAGGCCUGUGGCAGUCUGGUCCUUUAUACAGGGAUCACCAGGGUCAGUAAAGUGUUUGUUCCUGGUCUACUGUCGCCUCCCUUCAGCUUGAUCAACCACUUCCCUCACCGCAGCACGCCGGUGGAACAUGUUAGCACACCAACUAAUGCUGGCAGCAGGCACAUCCAAAGACGUGACGAGGAUGUUAUGCCUUCGCCGGUGUCGGAGAGUAGCGGCCCAAACAUGAAACACCAUGAAGCCUCAUUUUUGGAAGAUUACACCUUUCAACAAGCUACACCCUAUAUCCACGCUUUGAGGGACCCUGUUUGUAACCGUGUCACUCUGGAAUUGAGCAGUAGCACAAUGCUGAGGAUCUCUAUUCCUGAGAUUGCUACUUCAGAACUGGUGAGGAAGUGUCUUCAGGCAAUCCGAUUCAUCCUGUCAAAGGAAGCUGCCAUGAAGGUUUUGGUUAAGUGGUACAACAUCUACAAUGCUCCUGGUGGUCCGAGUGCUCAUGCAGAGUGGAACCUGUUUGUCACCUGUUUUAUGACACUAAUGGGCUACAACACCGAGCGUCUGGCUUGGAUGCGACAUCUGCAUUUUGAAGUGCCCCUUUCUCCAGUGAUUGCAGCCAAGAAGGCUCGUCCCUCUGACAGAGGAUCUGAUGAGGACUGGGAUUACUUGUUGGCAUCUCAGUACCAUCAGCAGAUGAAUUCCCAGCUAGUCCGCAGUUCUCCUGAACCCAGCGGCACCAAUAAUAUGGUCACCACAGGAAAUGAAGGCCUUUCCUCUCUGUCUUCUCCCUCAAGUCCAACUCUUAAGUUGGACGUUUCUGCCCCUCUGUUCCCUCAUAUUCCUGCCCUUUUCUAUGUUCUCCAUCUGCUUUAUCAGGACCUGCAGCUGGAUGAGCUGCAAAGAGCGAGAGCCUCCUCACUAGUGUGUCUGCUGCAACAGCUGGCCAGAGACCUUCAGCUGGAAGAGUAUGUUGAUCUGUACUGGAGAGACUACCCUUCAUUAAUUAGUUGCUUUACUGAGAGCUGCAUCAUUGAUGAGGCUAUGAUUGGUCAGAUGCAGCGUCCAUCUUUCUUGAGGUCUGAGCCUCCUUGUGUUUUCAGCUGGCUCAGUAGCUGCUUGAGAGGGAAGGAGAACCCACCUUUCCCCUACCUGCCUGGCAUCUGUCAGAGGACCAGGCUGCUAGUUCUGAGUUAUGCUCUCUACAUCAUCGGAGAUCAUAAUGCCACUUCAACAGAUGUAUCAAAGUACAUAGUCAAAGUCUCUUCAGGCCAUAGGUUGUCCAUCGGUGAACUGCACUUCAAAAGAAAGAGCAUUGUCAAAGUUAGGUUUACCAAUGAGAGUUUGGCUGAGCAGCUGGUGGACUGGCUCACUUCACAGGGUUUCACCCUGAAGGACUUGGAGUCCGUCCCCUUUGGCGUGGCUCUGCCCAUCAGAGAGGCCAUCUAUAGAUGUCGUGAGCAGCCGUGUUCUGACUGGUCAGAGGAAGUCUGUCUGCUGAUUGGAAGACAGGACCUAACCAAACAAGCACACAAGAUGACCGUAGCCAAGAGCAAAGCUUCUGUAGGUUCAGGACUGUCCUUGGAGCCUCCUGCAACCACAGAAGCUGAUGAGGAGGAAGAUGGGAUGUCGGACAUAAUUCAAGAAGUCACAGGACUGAUCUGGAGUCAAGAUCUUCGCGUGCAGGAGGUCAGGAGGCUACUGCAGAGCUCCAGGCCUGUCCGGGUCAGUGUUGUCCAGCUACCGGAGGUUUCUGACCAUGAGUACAUAGAAGAGAAGGAGAACAAACUCCUGCAGUUGUGUCAGAGGACAAUGGCUCUUCCAGUUGGCAGAGGCCUGUUCACGCUCUUCUCCUAUCACCCUGUACCAACUGAACCUUUACCUGUACCGAAGCUCAAUCUUACAGGUCGUGCACCCCCCAGGAAUACUAUGGUAGAUCUCAACAGUGGGAACAUCGAUGUUCCUCCCAACAUGACCAGCUGGCCAAGCUUCCAUAACGGAGUAGCGGCCGGACUCAAAAUAGCACCUGCUUCACAGGUGGACUCAGCCUGGAUUGCCUACAACAAGCCAAAGAGCCCUGAGCUGGCAAACGAGUAUGCAGGGUUCCUUAUGGCGCUCGGGCUCAACGGACACCUCACCAAGCUGGCUACGCUCAACAUACACGACUACCUCACUAAGGGCCAUGAGAUGACCAGCAUCGGGCUUCUACUGGGUGUGUCUUCAGCCAAACUGGGCACGAUGGACAUGUCAAUCACCCGCCUACUCAGUAUACACAUCCCUGCCCUUCUCCCGCCCACCUCCACUGAGCUGGAUGUGCCGCACAAUGUUCAGGUUGCUGCUGUUAUUGGGAUUGGGCUGGUGUACCAGGGAACAGGACACAGACACAACGCUGAAGUCUUGCUGUCUGAAAUAGGUCGGCCUCCUGGUCCAGAGAUGGAGUACUGCACCGACCGAGAGUCUUAUUCACUUGCUGCUGGACUCGCCCUGGGCAUGGUCUGCCUUGGGCACGGCAGCAACCUGAUUGGAAUGACGGACCUGAAUGUGCCUGAGCAGCUGUACCAGUACAUGGUCGGCGGCCACCGCAGAGCUCAGGUCGGGGCCAGCCGGGAGAGACACAAGUCGCCCUCCUACCAGAUCAAGGAGGGGGACACAAUAAAUGUGGACGUGACGUGUCCAGGGGCCACGCUGGCCCUCGCCAUGAUCUACCUCAAGACCAACAACAGGUCGAUUGCUGAUUGGCUGAAACCUCCAGACACGUGGUUCCUGCUGGACUUCAUUAAGCCAGAGUUUCUGCUGCUGAGGACUCUUGCUCGGUGUAUUAUUAUGUGGGAUGAAAUCCUCCCUAAUACUGAGUGGGUCAAGAGUAACAUACCCCAGAUCAUGAGGGGUAAUUUUGACACGUCAGAAGACAUUAACAUGGAGGCAAUGGCCCAAGCCCAAGAUUACAUUACAGCCGGAGCCUGUAUGGCGUUAGGCUUGCGCUUUGCCGGCUCUGCCAAUUCUGAUGCCUUCGACUGCCUCUACGAGUUUGCCGAGACUUUCAUGAAGAUCAUUUCUUUUGCUGGUACAGCUACUGUGGGUGCUCAGACAGGUUAUUACAACCUCCAUACCAGUUUGUCGAUGAUUCUGCUGGCUAUGUCCAUGGUGAUGUCAGGGACGGGGAAUCUAAAAGUCCUGCAGCUCUGCCGCUUCCUCCACAAGCGAACCGGGGCUGAGAUGAACUAUGGCUUCCACAUGGCUCAUCACAUGGCACUCGGUCUGCUCUUUCUGGGUGGGGGCAGGUACACCCUCAGCACCUCCAAUUCAGCCAUUGCUGCUCUGCUAUGUGCCUUGUAUCCACACUUCCCUGCUCACAGCACUGACAACCGCUACCAUCUGCAGGCCCUGCGGCACCUGGCGGUGCUGGCUGCAGAACCCCGGCUGCUGGUUCCUGUGGACGUGGACUCCUUGAAGCCUUGCUACGCCCUCCUCGAAGUCACUUAUAAGGAGACCAAAUGGUACGACGAGACAACAGUAGAACUAAUGGCUCCCACCAUGCUUCCUGAACUCCACCUGCUCAAACGGGUAAAAGUGAAGGGGCCACGAUACUGGGAAUUGUCUGUAGACCUCAGCAAAGAAACGCAGCAUUUAAAGUCAAUACUGUCCAGAGGUGGGGUGUUGUAUGUAAAACUACGUGCUGGCCAGCUGCCCUACAAAGAUGACCCUCACGGCUGGAAAAGCCUUCUGGCCACAACUGUCAACCACAGAAACUCCAGGGUCAGAGCCUUUAAGCCUGAAGCCAUCUCUACUUUCACCUCUGAGCCUGCUCUCAUAUCCUUUGCUGAGUUCUUCUGUAAAACCUCUGAAGGAAUGAAACACAGAAAGGAUACGCUUGUGCUGUUCUCAGCAAUGCUGUAUGAAUGUGUGACACAGGAGUGUCCAGAGAUGCUGCCCACAUACAUCGCUAUUGAACAGGCGGUCGGUGCCCUGCGGCACAGGGAGCUGCUGCAGACCUUCCCCUUGUGGCAACUGCGUCUGGUGGUGGAUUUCUGGAACAGCAGGAUGCUGCGACCUCCCGGCAACCACCAUGACACCCUGCUCACCUCCGAGUUUCUACCUGUCAUGAAGAAUGCAGUGGAUGUGGCUUUGGACAACUGGCUUAAAGACAACAACUCAGUCUUGAGGUCGUAUGUGAGGGGUGAGGUCCUCUCUAAAGACGCCCAGUCAGUCAUGCUGGCCUGCUUCCUUGUUUACCGCUCCAUCCCCUGCUUGAAGAAGUCUCACACACAACUGGAGGGCUGCAGCUCCUUUGGGGAUGUAUUGUCGUGCAGCAGCCAGCUAGACAUCCCUCUGAGAGAUGUUCUCAGACUGGUUCCGGUCCUACUGGGUUCUGCAUCUGGACCAGAGACACUCCCCGGCUUCCCUCUGGAAGCACUUUCAUCCUGAUGUUUACAACUAGUAAACUGACUUAAAGACUCUGACAGAUGCAGUUAAGGUUAACGCUGCCGGCUCAGGUGAGAUUGAGCUCUACCUGGAACAACCAAACUGGCGCAGCAACGCUAAAGAAAAUCUGACCGACACAUUCAGUGUCACUGCAGCACACCUGCACAGCCUCUGAGAGAACUGUUUGGAUAAUGUAGACGCUCCUCCUCAGCCUCUGGAAAUGACAUAACUAAUAUUAAGUUUUGUUUUUUUAAUGUAAUGCAGUAUUUCACACAGUAUAUAUGACUUUUUGUAUAAAGAAGGCUUCGGCUGCAGUAAAUACACAGUACAUGUGCCAUUUCUGUGGUAUAACAAAUCCAGAGUUGGAUUUUUCUUGGAAUGAAUCUUGAGCAAAAAGUCCAGCUGCAGACUACUUUUUUUCAAAAAGCUGAAAGAAAAUGACUGAUCUUUAGAAAAAUGGGAUAGUCUUGAGAAGUCACCAGGCUCUGGUGAGUUCAGGCCACUGUGUUGAGAUAAUGUGACAAUAAAACAGAGGUUCUUUUACACCCUUGAAUACUGUAUUUUCUAACAGUUCUUCCCUUUCUACUUAUAUCAAUACAAAAAAUUAAAAACACACACUCCUGAAUAUUCUGGCUGUUACUUUACAUUUGUAUCACUAAAACAUUUAGAGGUCAUACUGGUUUUCCUGCUGCCUGCCUCUGGUGAACGACUAUUUUUA